GAAAGAGAGAGCCGACUAUUAUUAUAGUAGUUAUUAUAGUGAACGUUGAAUACACUGUAAAUGUGGGACAACUCAUACACACAACUGACUACUCAUACGAUUGACUAUCAAAUGAAUAUAAUAUAAGGAUAUGUUGUGAACAUCAGUGAGACUCCAGUGAAGUGACUGUAGAAUCACUGCUAACAACACAACACAGUAUUAAAGCUAUCAGUGAAGCGACGAUUGAUUUAAGUUUGAAAUACCGAUAACUUUGACGGACACCGAUAUAAAGUGAAACAAUAAACCAUUUACACAACGAUCUCACUUUUGACUGGUUUUUAACAAAUAAAAAUAUUUUUAAGGAAAUGUCUGUAUCACAUAUUGGUCGUCGAUUUGUCCCACUUUUAGAUCGCGUUUUAGUUGAAAGAUAUGCCGGUUUGGCCACUGUUUCUGCCCGUCAUAUAUCAGCCGAUGCGACGGAUUUGAAAGGAGUUUUGGCCAAAAAGAUUGUCGAACACCAGAAACGGGUCAAAGAAUUCCGUAGCGCUUAUGGAUCCAAAGUGAUCGGAGAGAUUACUGUCGAUCAGGUUUAUGGAGGAAUGAGAGGUCUAAAAUCAUUGGUCACCGAAACUUCAUAUUUAGAUCCCGAAGAGGGCAUUGCUUUUAGAGGAUAUUCUAUUCCUGAAAUAAAGAAAAUUCUUCCGACAGCACAGGGCGGUGAAGAGCCACUUCCUGAAGGCUUAUAUUGGUUAUUAUUGACAGGAGAGGUGCCGACUGCUGAUCAAGUAAAAGGAGUGUCCAAAACUUUGGCCGCACACGCAGAUCUGCCAUCACAUGUGGUUACAAUGCUUAAUAACUUUCCAUCACAUUUGCAUCCAAUGUCUCAAUUGAGUGCAGCCGUAACCGCUUGUAAUACUGAAUCAUUGUUUGCAAAGGCUUAUAAUGAAGGAGUAAACAAAGCGACGUAUUGGGAACACACCUUUGAUGAUGCUAUCCGACUGAUUGCUAAAUUACCGACAAUAGCGGCUACUAUUUACCGCAAUUUAUAUCGUGACGGAUCAUCAAUUGGAGCCAUUGAUACUAAUAAGGAUUGGUCGGCGAACUUCACUUCAAUGCUGGGAUAUAAUGAUCCGAAAUUUACUGAAUUAAUUAGACUUUAUUUAACGAUUCAUAGUGAUCACGAGGGCGGUAAUGUUAGUGCACACGCAACUCAUUUGGUUGGAAGUGCUCUAUCAGAUCCUUAUCUUUCAUUUUCUGGAGGAAUGAACGGUUUAGCCGGUCCUCUGCAUGGUUUGGCUAAUCAAGAAGUAUUGAUUUGGUUAACAAAACUACAAAAAGAAUUGGGUCAAGAAGUGUCUGAUGAGAAACUUAAGGAUUUUGUUUGGAAAACAUUGAAAUCAGGACAGGUUGUUCCCGGAUAUGGUCACGCAGUGUUGCGUAAGACUGACCCGAGAUAUAUAGUUCAAAGAGAGUUCUCAUUGAAACACUUACCAAAUUAUCCAUUGUUUAAAUUGGUGUCACAAAUAUACAAAAUAGUUCCACCGAUUCUCUUAGAAUUGGGUAAAGUGAAGAAUCCCUGGCCUAAUGUUGACGCCCACUCUGGUGUUAUAUUACAAUAUUACGGUAUGAAAGAAAUGAGUUACUAUACGGUACUGUUUGGAGUUUCACGUGCUUUGGGUGUAAUGGCUUCGCUGACAUGGGAUCGAGCAUUAGGUCUGCCCAUUGAGAGACCCAAAUCAAUGACUACUGAAGGUCUCCAGAAAUUAGUUGGCGCAACAUAAUUGUCUCAAUGAUUUUAAAGAUUGUAUUAUCAAUUGAAUCAAUUAUAACUAAAUUUUUGCCGUGUGAACAGUUUUUAGUAAAUUAAUUAAAUUAAGCUCUCAUUUUAAUUAUUGAUAGAAAGUGUUAUUUUUGUGAUUUAGGUUUUAUUUAGCACCUCAUCAGUGAUUUAGCGAAUCUUGAUAUUCGGUUUUAUGUAAAAAAUAAAUACAUUAAUAACUCAUA